GCGGGGUCUGGCGGUGUGAAGACCUUCCGGGAAGGUGGCGGCCGCGGUGGCCAGCCCGGGAGCAGGAUCGGAGGCGGCGGAGGAGGCCCAGUCAGCAAAGGAAAAACGGGACCUGGCAUUGGAAACCAGCAAAGACAAGGUUGCAGACCUUGAAUGUGGCAAAGCAAAAACAAUGGACCUCAAGUUCAACAACUCCAGGAAGUAUGUCUCCAUCACUGUGCCCUCCAAAACCCAGACAAUGUCACCACACAUCAAGUCAGUUGAUGACAUUGUGGUGCUGGGCAUGAACCUCAGCAAGUUUAACAAGCUCACACAGUUUUUCAUAUGUGUUGCUGGAGUUUUUGUAUUUUACCUAAUUUAUGGAUACUUACAGGAGUUGAUAUUUUCAAUGGAAGGCUUUAAGCCCUAUGGCUGGUACCUUACUUUAGUACAGUUUGCAUUUUACUCCAUAUUUGGCCUCAUAGAACUUCAGCUCAUUCAAGACAAAAGGAGAAGAAUACCAGGAAAAACCUACAUGAUAAUAGCUUUUCUAACUGUGGGUACUAUGGGCUUAUCAAACACUUCCUUGGGCUACCUGAAUUACCCCACCCAAGUCAUCUUCAAGUGCUGCAAACUGAUUCCUGUUAUGCUAGGAGGAGUUUUUAUUCAAGGAAAGCGUUACAACCUUGCAGAUGUAUCUGCUGCAGUGUGCAUGAGCCUUGGCCUGAUCUGGUUUACCCUGGCUGACAGCACAAUUGCACCAAACUUUAAUCUGACAGGUGUGAUGCUUAUCUCCCUGGCACUAUGUGCAGAUGCUGUCAUCGGAAACGUCCAGGAGAAAGCCAUGAAGCUGCACAAUGCUUCCAACUCUGAGAUGGUUCUGUAUUCGUACUCGAUCGGUUUUGUGUACAUUCUGUUGGGAUUGUCCUGCACUAGUGGACUAGGCCCUGCAGUGGCAUUUUGUUCAAAGAACCCUGUUCGCACCUAUGGCUAUGCCUUCCUCUUUUCCCUCACUGGAUACUUUGGGAUCUCCUUCGUUCUGGCCCUGAUUAAAAUCUUUGGUGCUCUUCUUGCUGUAACAGUGACAACAGGAAGAAAAGCAAUGACCAUCGUCCUUUCGUUCAUAUUCUUUGCUAAGCCAUUCUCAUUUCAGUAUGUAUGGUCUGGCUUGUUAGUUGUUCUUGGCAUAUUUCUCAAUGUUUACAGCAAAAAUAUGGAUAAAAUAAGAUUACCAUCAGUGUACAAUCUGAUGAACAAAGCCAUGGAUGUGAAAAAGUCAAGGACGUUGGCACAGACUGUGUAGGCACUGAGGUAGCCUACUUAAAAUAGAAUCCUAAGGGAGCAAUCAUUAAUUAGUUGACUUUCCAAAGGAUUGGGAUAAAAACCAAAGGAUCUGAAGACUGCUGUUGUGUGAGCCAGCAGCGGUUUGUGACGUCAGCCUCUGCAGAACACAAGCUUGACCAGCUCCGAAACAGUCCAGAGCCGCACCCAGGACGUGUUUCAGUGAAGUCAGUAUGAAAGAAAGCGCUUGCUGGCAGUGUCCUGCGCAUUUCACUGGAAAUGGACCGUGUUGCAAGACUGAUUGGAAAUCCUUCCAGCGUGCAGCACGGCGCUGUGUAGUAGCGCACUGUUUCGUCUCCAUUCCGUUUUAGUGGUGUUAUUUAAAUUGCUUCUCUGUUAUAAGAGUGAACCGAUGAUUUAAAGUCUAGAGAAAAUAGAAUUCAUUUAUAAAUAAAAUUAUCCUGUGAUUUUUUUUAAUGCUGUUUUAAUAAAAUUUGUUAUUGAAGAAAAUGGA